AUGGCGAUGGUGAUGAGCGCCUUCGUUCCGGUGCUGAUCGGAUCGCUGGAGGCAACGCUCAAGGACUGGCGGCUCCACGGCUGGUCGGCGGCUGCCCGCAACGAGGCCCAGGAGCUCAAGAGGCUGAUGGAGGCGGUGGAGAAGUUCCUGGAGGACGCCGAGAACAAACGGAUCCAGGACAGGUCCGUGGACCGGUGGCUGGCGAGGCUGCGGGAGGCGGCGUACGAAGCCGACCAUCUGCUGGAAUCUUUCAAGAUCGAGGCAGAAGCAGCACCGCCGUGGAAGAUACAGAUACAAGAUAACCAGCAGGCACCCAAUGCUGAAGGGUGGGGUCUGUGGCCACCACAACAGGAGAUGGACAUAAUUAACAUUCCAGUUGUUCAAGCUCUUGAGGCCUCUCAACCAGACAAUGUGAUUGUGGCUGACUCAGAUUCUGAUGACCCUGACAUUAUCCCUCCCAUUGCUCAGAAUAUUGAUAUCAAUGUUGAGAUUGCACAAUAUUUUGGGCCAAUUGGUACUCUGAAGACCGUGAAGAGAAAUAUAGCAAGAUUAAAUCAGAUCAUGAGUGACAUAAACAAAAGCAUCCCUACAAAGCUAACUGCAAUAGACAAGAAGGCAGAGCAGCCCCGUAACUCAUUGGUUGAGAAGCUCCAUGGACCUGAUGUUAGUAUUGAGAUUUCAUCAUUGGUGGAGAAGUUGGUAGAAGAGGACAGACUUCUUGUCCAAAGGAAUAAAGAAGUGGACGGACGACACCCUGUUCUUCUACUUGCAGUUUGUGGGAUGGGUGGGAUUGGAAAGACAGAAAUUGCACGAAAAAUAUUUCAUGACCAGAGGAUUAAAAGUGCUUUCAGCACCUGUUUGUGGGUGCCGGUUCCCAAAGGCUUUGCUCAUACUGAUGUACUGUCGGCAACAAUACGUGCUGCAGGAGGGGAUCUCAAAGGAUCAGAAACAGUAAACGAACGCAUGAAGCUUUUAGCCGAGUUUGUCAGAGGAAAGAGAAUCUUCUUAGUUCUGAAUGGCAGUACCUCCCCGAGGAAAGCUCACCUGGACACAGAGUAUGCCAAAAUGCAUCUAAGCCUGAUGGAAACCCUUCAUAUCUUGUGUGCUAGUGCUGAAGGCAGCCGUGUUCUGAUGACUACUAGAGAUGAAGAUGGGGCUGUUAAGUUAGUUCAGAAAGAGAAUUCAUUGGGCGAAAGGCUUGUUGUCUUAAUCCACCGGAUACCAAGGUUGACAGUUGACCAUGGCUGGAUGUUGCUGCAGAAGGCAGCUUGUCUGAAGCCACUAAAGAGUAUUGAAGAUGCAUCGGAAGUCGAGAUCACAACUGUUAAGAAGUGCAACGGGCUUCCUCUUGCUGUCAAGAUUGUGGGAGGUGUUCUUCGGCGAAAGAACUACACAUUUGAAGUAUGGAAGUCAGUGUGCGAAAGUGAGGCUUUCUCUUUCAAGGAUCUCCCAGAGGGAACUGAAGGGCUGAUGGGCAGCAUUUGUUUGAGCUACCAAGAUGCACUGCCUCAAGGCCACUGGUGUUGA